AUGGAAUCUCAACAACAUGCCCAAUUUCGCGGGAGGAAGGUAUUCCCGCAGUAUUCGGUUCUUGGAGAAUCUAUAAGUAAACGAUUUAGAGAAGACCACGAGCAAGAUGAGAAGCCGUUUGACCCAAUUCUUCUCAACACCAAUGCGCCAUGGUCGGCGUUCAUUUGUGGAUCUCAAGGAAGUGGGAAAAGUCAUACUCUCUCUUGCAUACUCGAGGGCUGCCUCCACCCUUCGACAACGAUUGGGAAUAUGAUCAAACCUCUUGCUGGCCUCAUGUUUCAUUACGACGCGCACGAAGCCACGGUUUGUGAAGCGGCCCAUCUCUGCUCGGCCGGGGUACCUGUGAAGGUGCUAGUCAGUCCCAGCAACUAUCUCACGAUGAAAGACUUGUACUCGCAAGUUCCGAACGCUUCGAAGUUUUUAACAGUUGAAGAAUUUUAUUUGCAGCCAAACCAGUUGAACACAGAGCGGCUGAAGAAGCUCAUGGCCUUUUCCGAAAAGGAUGGUGCUGUCCCUUUGUAUAUGGAGGGUUUGAUUCGCAUUCUUCGGGAAAUGAGGCUAGAAAACCAAGGGAGCUCGAACCUCAACUAUCGCGAGUUUCGUCGCCGGCUCGCCGAUCAGGAGUUGACAAAACUUCAAUCCGGGCCCUUAAAUCUGCGACUGGCCUUACUGGACAGUCUCUUAGCCGUCGAUUCCAGGGGCUCGACUCGGAAAAAGAAGGUCUCACAAGACCUUCUAAAGCCGGUACCUGGGGCGCUCAUCAUCUUGGAUCUGACCGAUCCGUUCAUAGACAAUUCCUCGGCCUGUGCCCUGUUUGAGAUCGCGAUGGCACUGUUCCUCUCGGGCCCAGGUUCCGAUCUUACGUCCAACGGCGCGGCUGACCCUGUCGGCAAGAUCGUCGCCCUAGAUGAAGCGCACAACUAUCUUGACUCGUCGGCCAGCGCUCAAUCAUUCACGUCGGCUGUCCUCAAGGGAAUUCGCGAGCAACGCCACCGAGCAUUGCGGGUCGUUAUCGCUACUCAAGAACCGACCAUCAACCCCGCCCUGCUCGACCUCUGCUCGAUGAUUUUCGUCCACCGGUUCAGUAGCCCUGAAUGGCUCCGCGCCCUGCAACGCCACGUCGGCGGACUGUCCUUGCUAUCUACCGCGGACAAUCGUUCGAAGUUCGCCAAGGCCGGAACAGACGAUGCGGAGGAAGAAGAGGAAGCCUGUGGACGAACGGUGAAGGAGGUGUUUGAAACGAUCGUCACCCUUGGGGUUGGCGAAGCGUUGUUGUUCGCGCCGUCGGCAGUGUUGAAAAGUGACGCGCGACGGUUGGGCACGGACUUCUUGCGCGUCCAGAUUCGGGAUCGGAUGAGCGCGGAUGGGGGGAGGAGUGUUUUGGCUGUUGGUUGA